UCUAAGGCCAGAGCUAAGCGGUCGGUAACACUUCGGCGCCGAGAAGGGGUUAUCAGCUGUCGCGUGCGGUACGCCGCAUAAAUAUACCGUAUCGAAGACGUUCACAAUAGUCUUUUUAGGACAAUAACUUGUUACGCACGUCAAAAAUGGUGAAAUAUUCUCUAUUCGGUGACACUUGUGGUUAUUGCAAUGCCUGUGUUCGGUUGAGGUUGUGCGCUGCCCGUGGCCGCAGCCCGGAGCCCUUGGAAUGCGCAUAUAAACACAUUUUGGAGUCCUACGGAGGGGUCAGCAGCGGUGAAAAAGUAGUUGAAUCUCCUAAACCAGCGUGUGCUUCAUGUAGAUGGACGUCCAACGCGCAAUUCCCCGAAACGCCACCCUCUUCAAGUGAUCUCAGUUUGGAGUGGAGUCCACAGUCGAAUAGAUCUCGAACCAGACGCCGUAAGAGAUAGAUGAACUUUGAGAUGCUAUUGGAAUUAUUGUCUCCUAUUAAAACGCCUAGUACCAGCUGUUGUAAACAGCGAGCGGUGUUAUACUAGUCAUUGUCUGUGUCCGCUGAUGUAUGAUGUUCAAUGUCCUAUGUAUUAAUAAAUUAUUUUUAUA